CACGCGCCGAGCGCUACAAAUCUCCGGCUGAACUAUGCAAAAAGUAUCCAAUGAUUUUAUUACUAACAACUUGAUAAAUGGAGAGCAGUAACAUUCUCAGGCUUCUUCAUCUUCUUUGGACGUUAUAUGGCGGUUGGCAACCAACUGGAGUGUGGACCUCAGUUCAUCUUUCAAUCACCCACAUGGGAUCCCCACAUGUGUAACCUGGUAAUGGGGCCGAAAAAUGUAUGGAAGUGAAUAGGGCAUUUCCACGUCAAGAUGUACGGUGAAGGGGGGCCUGCUAUGAUGGCUCAAGAGUACUGCUGUGCCUCAGCAGAUGAAGGAGCAGAGAGCGGCCCACACGUCCCAUUCGUGCUGGAGAGAAGGGAGAAGGAGGAGGAAAACUGGAGGACAGCCGUUUCUCACCAACUGAAAAAGCAGUGCACAUGCAGCUCAGAGCGAGCCAAAGCCCAAGUUCUAGGGUUCGUCCCCAUCCUAAAAUGGCUGCCACGCUACCAGCUCAAAGACUGGAUCCUGGGUGAUGUCAUGUCAGGGUUGAUAGUGGGCGUCCUGCUGGUGCCCCAGUCCAUUGCCUAUUCUCUGCUGGCAGGCCAGGACCCUAUCUAUGGUCUCUAUACCUCCUUCUUCUCCAGCAUCAUCUACACCCUGCUGGGCACCUCACGCCACAUAUCUGUGGGCAUAUUCGGGGUGCUGUGCCUGCUGGUGGGCCAGGUGGUGGACAGGGAGUUGGCACUGGCAGGGUACAUCACAGAGAGUAUCAGGAACAACACUACCCUGGGACUGGGCAUGGGGAACAGCACCGGAGGGCCGGUCUGUGAUAGGAGCUGCUAUGCCAUCAUGGUGGGGACCACAGUCACAUUUACAGCAGGGGUCUACCAGGUGUUGAUGGGCCUCCUGCAGGUGGGCUUUGUAUCCGUGUAUCUGUCAGACUCCCUCCUGAGCGGCUUCGCCACGGGGGCCUCUCUCACCAUCCUGACCUCCCAGGUCAAGUACCUCCUGGGACUGGAGCUGCCCCGCGCCCAGGGCUGGGGUUCCCUCGUCAAGACCUGGGUCAGCCUUUUACAGAACCUGGGCCAGACCAACCUCUGUGACCUGGUCACUAGCAUGGUGUGUCUGGCGGUGCUGGUCCCCACCAAAGAACUCAACGACCGCUUCAAGGCCAAGCUCAAAGCCCCCAUCCCCUUCGAGCUGUUUGUUGUCAUCGCUGCCACUCUGGCCUCCCACUUCGGCCACUUCGAGGAGGAGUACGGCUCGAAAGUGGCCGGCGCCAUCCCCACGGGCUUCCUGCCCCCCCAGCUCCCGUCCUGGUCUCUGAUCCCCAACGUGGCGGUAGAUGCCUUCUCCAUAGCCAUUGUGGGCUUUGCCAUCACCGUCUCCCUGUCUGAGAUGUUUGCCAAGAAGCAUGGCUACGUGGUGGAUCCCAACCAGGAGAUGUACGCCAUAGGCUUCUGUAACAUCCUGCCCUCCUUCUUUCGCUGUUUCACCACCAGCGCUGCCCUGACCAAGACCCUGGUGAAGGAGUCUACAGGUUGUCAGACUCAGAUGUCUGGCCUGGUCACAGCCCUAGUGCUGCUGCUGGUGCUACUGGUCAUUUCCCCCCUUUUCUACUCUCUGCAGAGGUGUGUGCUAGCAGUGAUCAUCUUGGUGAAUCUCCGGGGAGCAUUGCUUAAGUUCACAGAUGUCCCGCGGAUGUGGCGUGUGAACCGCUUGGACACCGCCAUCUGGCUGGUGACCAUGGCAACCUCAGCGUUGAUAAACACCGAGCUAGGCCUGCUGGUGGGGGUUAUGGUCUCAGCCUUCUGUGUGUUGGGCCGCACCCAGAGAGCCCAGGCCUUGGAGCUGGGCCGGGCUGGCCAUCGGGAGCUUUAUCAGGACCUGGCCUCCUACAAGGGCCUGCAGUCUCAGCCUGGAGUAGCCAUCUUCCGCUACGAGGCACCCAUCUACUACGCCAACCAGAGCCUGUUCAAGAAGGCCCUGUACCGCUGCCUGGGCCUGGAUCCCGUCAAGGAGAAGGCCCGGCGUAGGAAGCUGGAGAAACAUAGGAGAAAGCAAGAAGAAGUAGCCAUGACGACAGGAGGGGAGGGCGGGACUAAGGGUAAAGAGAAAGAGUUGACCACCAAAGUCUUCCUACCAAAUCAAGUCAACUUCCACUCUGUGGUGAUAGACUGCAGCCCGGUGCUGUUCCUGGACACAGCAGGGGUCAAUGCGUUGAAGGAGGUGUAUAAGGAUUAUAAGGAGAAUGGGGUACAGGUGUUCCUGGCCCAGUGUAAUACCUCAGUACUGGAGUCACUGAACAGAGGUGGUUACUACCCAGAGAAGGGUAUGGGAGAAAAGGAAAGAGUGUUUUUCACCAUCAGCGAUGCCGUCCUCUAUGCACAGAGCCUCUCAUCUCAGAAUGGUGACUGUGACACGUCCUGUUAACAAGAGCUUUAAAGAUUGUACAGUGCCUUCGGAACGUAUUCAGACCCCUUAACUUUAAUCACAUUUUGUUACAUUACAGCCUUAUUCUAAAAUGGAUUACAUGAAUACAAAUCCUCAACAAUCUACACACAAUACACCA